UUGAGAUGCCAGGCCAUGAUGCAGCCAGGGUUUGCCACGACAUACACCACCCGUCCAUAUCCAGCUGAUGGCUCCACCUAUAUUUGCCAGGAUUCAUAUGCACGCUUGAUGAGAGAAAGAUCAGGAGACCCGCAUCCAUCAGUGGCACCGCAAGAAUCAACCAUGUACACUUCAAAAGGAACUGAAGAGGUAAACCUAGAAGGAGCAGCGGAGAUAAAGGUGGAGACGGUAGAUCACCAGUCACCAGCAGGCAAGGACCAAGCACCGAAGCAGGAGCACGUGCAGGUGAUUCACGAGCCUCAUGAUGAUGGAGGUUCUGGCACCGGCGCUGGAGGAAGCGUCUUAGCAAGUGCAUCUGCUGUAGUAGCGCACGCUUUCCAAUCAGCAAAAGAUGCCAUCUCCGGUAACAAAUCCACGAAAUGACUGGUAUUCUCGUGUUACCUCAACACGUUUGUUUCACCGAACACUUGAAAUUAAAAUAAAGUUUAACAUUAAGGCCAUGUUCAAUCCAUGAUGCAGAUCUAUUGAGGAUCACUGUUUUGGGAAAAUAGCACUCUUAUUCCUUCCGCAAUAAAAUGGGGUUUUUCUUAA